ACCGACACACAGAGCAGGAUCGAUUUCCGUUCAUUCGGCACAGCUCGUCCUCAAUAUGGCUGAUUCCCAGGUUACUCUGCGCACGCGCAAGUUCAUCCGCAACCCCCUCCUCGGCCGCCGCCAGAUGGUUGUCGAUGUCCUCCACCCCAACCGUCCCAACGUCUCCAAGGACGAACUCCGUGGCAAGCUCGGUGAGCUCUACAAGGCCAAGAAGGACGAUGUCUCCGUCUUCGGCUUCAAGACACACUUCGGUGGCGGCAAGAGCACCGGCUUCGCUCUCAUCUACGACAGCAACGAGGCCAUGAAGAAGUUCGAGCCCCACUACAGGCUGGUCCGGUACGGCAUGGCCUCCAAGAUCGAGAAGGCCUCCAGGCAGCAGCGCAAGCAGCGCAAGAACAGGGGCAAGGAGUUCCGGGGUACGGCCAAGACCAAGGGUGGGGACAAGAAGAAGAAAUAAGCGACUGCGCUAUGAUGGUCGGGACGGAGUCGGGUCUCUGGUUCGGGUGGUUCACCGUGGACAUGACGGAGUUGCAGUGGGCAUUAUCAUCGUGUACAGUUACGAGAAAUGCCUGAAAAACUCUUGCCAGUACUGGGCCGGCAAGAUGGG